ACGCUCCAGGCCGGUGGCGCCCGUCCUUAUUAUUUUCUCGCCUGCCUGCCUAAGCCUUUGUUGGCCUGCACCAUGAACGGACUUAAGACUCCCGCCACGCCGCCCCCCGGAACCGUUCUAUGUCCGCGCUCCUAGCUGGCUUGAGCUCGAACUCGUGACCACACUCCCCGCCUUAGCUCCCUUCCCUGCUGACGACGCCAAUAUUAGUACCUGAAGGCGUCGAGCAGUGCAAAUCAACGGGAUACGCACUGCAGCUGGUAGCUUUGGAGGGCGCAUCUUUCUAUCGGAUCAGCCCCGCGCGUCUUGAUAUACCGCAAGCCACUCUCACAGCGCUCCUCAGAUUCUCUUGCCGAGACUGUCUCCGUUACGGUCUCCUUUGUAUCUGAGCGGCUACGAAGCAACCCUCACAGCCUCGCGCACCCCAGGAGGUGCUCAAGCAACCCAGGUCGUCUCGGCAAGCAGGGUCUUGGCCAGCAGCGCAUCAUCAACCCAGCCAUCAUGAACAUAUUACCAAACCCGUCGGAGAAGGCUCCACUCCUCAAUGGCUACCCUAAGCGCAUAUUCCCUCCAGCCCCGUUCGCCGAUGCGAUACAGGGCCCCUGGGGUGGACGUAUGCCACAGGCCAUCGCCCACCGCGGCUACAAGGCCGAGUGGCCCGAGAACACCAUGAACGCCUUUGCCAACGCCAUCGCUGUUGGUGCUCACGCCAUCGAGACGGACCUCCAUUUGACAAAAGACAAGGUUGUCGUCCUGUCACAUGAUGGUACAUUAAAGCGAUGUUUCGGUCAAGACGCGAAGCUAUCGGACUGCAGUUGGGAUCACAUCAGCACUCUGCGCACCGUCAGGAGUCCACCGUCCCCAAUGCCGCGCCUGGCAGAACUGCUGGAAUAUCUGACGCAGCCCGGCAUGGAGCAUGUGUGGCUCCUGCUGGAUAUCAAGAGGGACGACGACCCUGACGAGCUCAUCAGGAGGGCAGGAGAGACGUUUGCUUCGGUCCCGAGCUCAAGACCUUGGAAGGAGAGGAUAAUAAUGGGCUGUUGGGAUGCCAACUACAUGCGCCGCUGCAGCCUGCUGCUCCCCGGCUUCGGGGUGGCAUACAUCGGCUGGUCAAAAGCGUACGCGUGGGAGCUUCUCAAGCACUCAAACGUGUCCUUCAAUCUACUGCAGAAGAUGCUGGUCGGCCCCGCCGGCACGCGCUUCAUCCGGGCCGCAGAAGCCAGGGGCCGUCAGGUGUUCGUCUGGACAGUCAACGAGGUCGAGUGGAUGGAGUGGAGCAUCAGAAAGGGCGGCAUCUCGGGUGUCAUCACUGACGACCCGAAGCUUUACCUCGAGGUCUGCCAGAGGUACGCCGACGAGAGGAACGGCGACGCGCCCGCCGCCGGGGACCGCUUCGACCCCAGGACCUCCGCCUCCAAGGAGGACCCGGGCGGGGCCCAGCCCGACUCCAAGGCCUGGAGGUGGACGCGCCUGUACACCGAGGUGGUCCUGAUACAGAUGCUGGUCGCCGUCUUUGUGCUGGUGAUGCGCGUCAGGCUCGGGUCCGAAAGGAAACGGGUCAGGGACGGCAUGAGGGGAUGAGGCGGGCAGGCGGGAAGGAAUUCAGGAAAGGCAAUGCGAGGGCACUGGGGUGGCAGGCCACAAAUGACGAUACCCGUGAGGAGGAGGAGGAGGAUAAUGAGCGGUUGACCAGUCGGCCAAGGAUGCCAGGCGCAUUUUGUCAUAAUGUUCUGGAGGUGUUUGGCUGGACGGCAGGGUCCACCCCGUCCGCGCCCCAGGAAUAACCGGGCUUUUAUGCUGGUUCCGGCGCGGCCGAGGGGAGAGUGGUCGUCAUGGCGAUACUGUAGUAGGUAACCUGCUGCUCGCUCGCCUUGGUUCCGAAGUCGUGCGAGCACGGGCACGUGUCCAAGGGGUAGGGGCGGUGAUUUUCGAAUUUUCAUCGGAAGAACAAAGCUCACUUGUAGAGCGGACGCAGCGACAACUAGCACAUGCGAUCACACCCACUGGGAUAUACGGGGUCCCGUCCGCUCUUCCCUAGUCAAACCAAUGACCUAGCAUGUUCAUACAUCUCGAAUGAUAGUGAUGGUGUCCCACAGCCCACCUAUCUAUCAACCACCAAAGAACAAUCACGGACAACAGGUCAGGCAGGCCCAUAACCC